AUGUCAGGUAACUGGUCAGUCCUUAGACUGUCAUCACUUGCUCCACCCACCAGCUCUGUUGCCCUGCCCCUUCCCAACAACUCUCAGUACCCCCCCCUCUCAGACUGGGAGGCUCCCAGUUUCACUCGAGCAGCUCAGUUCCGUGUUGGAGCCACCUUGGUCCUCUUCCUGUUCGCGGCCUGCAGUAACCUGGCCCUGUUGGCUAGUGUGUGGCGUGGCCGACGGCUGGCGUCUCACCUGCGGCCACUGAUGCUGAGCCUAGCAUUGGCCGACCUGAUGAUGACAUUCGUGGUGAUGCCUCUGGACGCGGUGUGGAACAUCACGGUGCAGUGGUAUGGAGGAGACGUGCUCUGUAAGCUGCUCUGCUUCCUAAAGCUGUUUGCCAUGCACGCCUCCGCAUUCAUUCUCGUCGUCAUCAGCCUCGACCGUCAGCACGCCAUCCUGCACCCGCUGGAUGCUCUGAGUGCGCAUCGCAGGAACCGACGUAUGCUGCUGCUGGCAUGGAGCCUCAGCCUGCUGCUCGCAUCACCUCAGCUGUUUAUCUUCAGGGCAAUCAGGGUGGAGGGUGUAGACUUCACUCAGUGUGCGACUCAUGGCAGUUUCAGCCGCCGCUGGCAGGAAACAGUUUACAACAUGUUUCACUUCACCACGCUGUACGUUGUCCCCCUGCUGGUGAUGAGCUGCUGCUACAGCCGGAUUCUGCUGCACAUCCACCUGCAACACCUGAGGGAUAAAGCAGGUGAGUCUUACCUGCGUCGCAGUGGCACUGACAUCAUCCCGAAGGCUCGGAUGAAGACUCUGAAGAUGACGGUGGUCAUCGUGCUGUCCUUUGUGGUGUGCUGGACUCCAUACUACCUACUGGGGAUCUGGUACUGGUUCCAGCCCGACAUGCUGCACGUCACACCUGAGUACGUCCACCACGCCCUCUUCGUGUUCGGGAACCUGAACACCUGCUGCGACCCGGUCAUCUACGGGUUCUACACGCCGUCCUUUAGGGCCGACCUUGCCGCCUGCUGCCGCCGAACGACGGGUGGCGCUGAAGCCUCGCCACAAUCUCCGGAACGACUGUCCGCCAGGCAGGGCCCUCACAGCGGGGCGCACGAGUCAGACCCCGCCACCAACAACCAGGCAGGAGACUGACACCGACCAAUCGCAGGACAUGAAUACACCAGCACCUACCAGUCAGACGACAGGACUACACAGACACCGACCAAUCAGAGGACAGGACUACACCAGCACCUACCAGUCAGAGGACAGGACUACACAGACACCGACCAAUCAGAGGAGAGGACUACGAUGACAUCGAACAGUCAGAGGGCAGGACUACACAGACACUGACCAAUCAGAGGAGAGGACUACGAUGACAUCGACCAAUCAGAGGACAGGACUACACCGACACUGACCAAUCAGCACAAAUAAAGACGUGUAGCUGUGGGAGGUGAAAAUGUUGUGAUUUACUGGGGAGUUCUGUUUAAUAUUUAAAAUACUGGUUUUACUUUUGUGGUGAUUUUUUUGGUG